AAUAACAAAAAUGUCAAUUUAUAGGAUGUAAACAAACCCAAAAAGCUCCUCGUGAUAACAGAUUAUUUUCCCCCAGCCAUGCGCGUUUGCAGUUUUGAACUAAGCUUGAGCUUAUACCUCUACCUAUAUGUACCUACACCUACAACAAUUUCUGGUUUAACCUAAAAUUCUAAUUCUUGUCAAUUAAAUUGAAGUGAGAAAAUUUUCUUUUACCAAAAAAUUAAUGAUUUAAACCUUUUCGGAAUUUAUUUUUGCUGAAAUUUUACUAUCAAAUUAAAAUGAAUUCAUCCAAUUCCUUCCUUUUGCGUGACGAUGACACUGAAGAGCAGUAUAAUUUUUCGGGUGCAACCUUAACAAUUUCCGAUGAUGAAGCAACACAAAAUCUACUGCGUCACAGAACCAACAUAUCAGACAUGGAAAAGAGUGCAAUUCUAACCGGAUCAGAUGUGACUUCUCCAAUUCAUGUUACAAGUGCAUAUAAGGAAAUUAAAAAUACACCAAUUGAUGAUGGUUCCUAUAUGUGUGGUCCAGGUAUCAGGGAUGCUCAAAAAACUGAUGAUAUCCCUGUGACAGAUGAAUUCUUUUGCUUUAGACCUGGUCAAUUUGAAAAGGCUGUCGCUGAUUGUGUAAAUAUUUUGCUGAGACCUGCUAAUGAUGCCAAUGUUGUUGGAAGCUGGCUUCUAACUGAUAUAAGCCAUUGGGACCAUGAAAGGGAACGUAUAUUUAUUUUAACAUCAAAAACACUAUUAGAUGUUAAAUAUGAUUUUAUUGCAUUAAAAAUCCUUCAAUCAAAUAAAAUUCGUCUAAAUCAAAUUGAUACAAUUAUCGAAGGGAAAUUAACUUAUCCACAAGCAUCUUUAGUUCCAAGAAUUGAAGGAAUUGCAAAUGGAUUGACGUCAAUUAUAUGUGGAAAGUUGUUUUGUCAAAGUAGACAACCAGAAAGGCCAAAUGCUGCAGUACCUGUCCAGCAAAAUCAUCCACUUACGGUGGCAACACGAUAUGAUUUUUCUUGUUUCAAACCAGUUGAGAAAAGUGAUUUAGGAAUGCGUAUAAUGUGGAACAGAGGUCGACCAAUAUCACUUCUCACAUCUUGGAAUCCAUUUGCAGAGGACAUUCCAUGGAGAACAGUUAAAGAUCAUCCAAUUUUACGAGCCAAAAGCAAUGAUACUUUAUCCUUGCACGAAAGGGAAGAGUUCGAUAGCAAGAAACAUAUUUAUUCAGCUGAAUCAUUUUCACAAACUCUUCGUUCAAUAUUCUCAAAUGCCAAUCCAGAUGGAGUUGAUUUUAAUUGUGAUUUCAAAGAAGGUCCAAUUUUAAUGGAAAAUUAUGUUGGAGUGGGAGCUGUUAUACACAAUAAACAUAAUUUUGGAUUUUUUAAAGUUCGAGGAAAGUUUAGUUUUUAAGAAGAACUUUCUUCUUUUUCUUUAUAAUAUGGUCAAAUUUGUAGUUGAAUUAAACUUUGCUGUUGUAAAAAUUAAAUAACCAACGAAUUCUCCUAUAUCAUAUUAGAAAUUUGUUACACUCAUUAGCAUUAUAAUUUAUUAAACUUAUACCUAACUCUAUCCAAUGUGAUUUAAAUAAAAUAUAAUUGUCCUA